AUGUCAGACUUCUCCUUUCUUAUUGUUUUUGGGGUUUUAUUAAUGUAUAUGUUGUCAGUGCUCGGUAACCUUAUUAUCAUCACAGUUGUGUGUAUAGCUCCACAGCUGCAUUCCCCUAUGUAUUUCUUCUUAUGUAAUCUAGGUGUCCAGGACAUCAUAUACGUAUCUUCCAUCCUGCCAAAACUUGUGUUCGUCCAAAUUACUGGGGACACCAGCAUUCUAUUUACUAGCUGUAUCAUACAAAUGUUUGUAUUUGCAGUUUGCUUGGAUGCAGAGUUUUUCCUAUUAGGGGCCAUGGGCUUUGACCGCUAUGUGGCCAUAUGCGUCCCUUUGAAGUAUUCUUUAAUUAUGAACAAGAAAGCAUGUCUGACUUUGGCUUUUACCUCCUGGAGUGUUGGUUUCCUGAAUGCACUAUUGUUUGCCUUCCUAAUAUCCAAUUUGACAUUUUGUGACUCCAGAAGUAUCGACCACUUCUUUUGUGAGAUCAAGGCCUUAAUGCGGCUCUCUUGCAGUGAUAUCACUCACAUGAACACAAUAAUAUUUGUUGAAGGGGGGCUCAUUGGUUUUUUUCCUUUCACAAUGAUUUUGACUUCCUACACUUUCAUCAUAGCUGCUAUUCUGAAGAUCAGGACAUCAGUCGGCCGAACGAAGGCAUUUUCCAGCUGUUCCUCACAUCUAAUUGUUGUUUUAUUGUUUUGUGGGACGUCGCUUAGUGUUUAUAUGAAACCAGAGUCUGAAAACUCUGUAGGACAAGACCAGAUCCUCUCUUUGCUGUAUAUUGCAGUGGUCCCAGCAUUAAAUCCCCUGGUGUACAGUUUGAGAAACAGAGAAGUAUUGAAAGUUUUGCAAAUGUGCAAGGAAAAUUUAGUUUUGAAGUUUUUUACUGAGAUACAAUGA